AUGGCCAGGGGCUCGGUCGAUUCGUCGGUGCCUGGGGAAGCCAUCGGCGAGGCGACUGCCAGGCUGACUCGGCUGCAUGGGCGCCGGGCACGUCUGGCGGAGGUCGAGGAGCGGCGUGCUUCGACUCUCGUCUCGCUCGACGCCGAGUUUGCGGACCCUUAUGUCGAUUUGGAAGGGGCCGAGGAUGAAGGCGUCUCCAGGAAGCAUCCCCUCAGGUGCCGCCGCAGUUUCGCGUUGGGGUGGGAGCUCAACAACCAGCGGAGUUUCUAUGCAGGCCAGGCGUUUGCUCCAGCCAGCGACGCGGUUUGGAGACGAAGUUUCAGGGGGGCGGGGAUUGCCCAGGGUCAGGCCCCGGCGACGCUCUUGUGGGAUUUAUCAAAGUUCAACGAAGCGAUUUGCAUAGUCCGCUUAGAGCAGCACUGCGAGAUGUGUGGCUUCCCCGCCCCAAUUUUCAGGCUGGCCAUGCGAGCGUAUCGAUCGGCCCGCUUCGCGUGCCUAGCAGGCAUCGUCACGGGGCCAUUCUACGCCCUGAACGGCGUGAUCGCUGGUUGCAGUUUCGCCGCGUCGUUCCUGAAAGUCCAUAUUCUGGAGGAUUUCUCAAACUUACGUUUCUCGGAAGGCGUUCACCUCGAUCAGUAUAUCGAUGACAGCGGAGUUUCUGCGGUAGGUUCAGUAUCUCAGGCGACUCAGGUGAUCGACGGCCUGAAGAGUGCCAGCGCCCAGCUGUUCUCAGCGAUCGAGCACGACCGGCUGCAGCCGGCGAUGGGCAAGCGGCGCCUCGCUGGCGGCGCCUAUCACAGGGACGAGCUGGUGGGCCCCUCGUCAGGGCCGCCAGGCUUGAUCCACUGGCGCGUGCAGGCUCUGCGGCAGCGCUAUCGGACCAGCUCGUUCGUGCAGCGCUUCUUCCUGUGCUCUGAUGUCUGGUGCGAUAAGUAUCAGAGUGACCGGAAACAGCCGCUUCAAGUGGGGUACGGCUCGUUCCAGGGAGCGCCCGCGCUGAACAGUUCGGAGAAGAUAUUCCGGGGCAAGUACCACGAGACGAGCUUCCCGCCCAUGCGCUUGGAGCAGAGUUGCAAGUGCGCGUACGUGGAUUCGCCAGUGCAGGCUAAUCGCGAUAGAUUUGUUAAUUUCACCGGCGAGGAGCCCGGGGAGCGCUCGUACGAGGACGCCCGCUACUGCUCGGCCAUCUUCCGCCAGAGCCCGCUGGCGGUCGCCAGGGAGGGGCGGCGGUUGGUGCCGCUGGCCGCGCUGUUCAGCCGCAGGUGUGACGGGGGACCCCGACUCUGGGGCGACUUCUGGCAGCAGCACGGCAUCCGCGACGGUCCUGUUCUCAAAGAGAAUGCCGAGCUGUUUGGCCCAAAUCACGAGGAAAUCUUGUCAUUGGCGACCGUGUUUAAAUAUUUAUAUGAGCAUUGCAUCGAGAAGGAUAUUGAGGUUCGCACCGAGACCAGGUGCGGCGGCAUGGCGUCGGAGCCCGCCCCGCAGUGGCCCGGCGCGGCCUCCGCCUCGGCGGAGCCCCCCGGAGAUGGCCGCGCCCAGUGCGAGGUGGUCGACAUCUCGACCGGCGCCCUGACGGGCGAGCUCGGGCACGACCAGCGCGAGUAUUGGGCCCAGAGGUGCCUCGGCGAGGUCAUGAGCGGCGAGACCUCGUUGCACCAGCGGCUCGAGCAGCUGCGGGCGGGCCUGGACGCGCGCCUGCGCGAGGCCGCCGACGACGCCCAGGCGCGGGCCACCGACCUCCGCGCCGAGCUGCACGCCGAGGUGGCCGCGCUGGUCGGGCGGCUGGGCGCCCAGCUGGGCGCGCGGCUGCAGGACCCGUCUGCGGCCGCCGCGGCGCCGGCCGCGGCCGCCGAGGCCUCCGCCAGCUCCGCGGCGGUGCAGGUGCUGAGGGACGAGGUGGUCGGGGUGCGCGCCGACCAGGUCAGGCUGCUGCAAGAGGUAGCGGCGGUGGUGGAGGCCGCGGAGCAGCACUGGGACCCCGUGCGCAGGGAGACGGCGCGCCUGGGCGCCGAGCUGCAGGAGCUCGCGGCGCGGCACGGGGCCACGGCGCCGCACCUGCAGGUGCUCGCGGGGCGUCUGCAGGACGCGGAACGCCGCCUGGCGUUGCUGGAGGCCGGCAGCCCGCGCGGGCAGGAGGAGAGCGGCGCGCGGUGCAGCAGGCGGGCCGAGGGCGGCCUGGGCGGCCAGCUGGAGCAGCUCUGCGCCGCGCUGCCGGGCGCGCGGGACGCCAGCUCGGUCGAGGGCCUCGGCAUCGAGCUCGCCCGCUGCAUCGGCGGGCUCGACACGGAGCUGAGAGUAGACAUGGAGCGGCGCAUCGACGCGCUGUUCCGCCAGCUCCGGGCCGAGGUCGACGCCGACGUGGCCGCGCGGGCCACGUCCACGGACGCGGCCGUGAGGUCGGUCGAGGCGCGGCUGGAGGCGAAGCUGUCGCACGCGACCGAGGACCUCGGAGCGCGCGCAGCGCAGGCGGAGGCGCAGCUGAGCGCCCUGCAGAGCUCGCUGGCCGCCGGCGCCUCCAGCGGCCAGGAGGCCCCGCCCGCGCCGGAGUCACAGGCGGAGGUCCUGGAGAAGGCCCUGCGCCGGCUGGACGGCGUGUCCUCCCAGGUGAGCGCCAUCGGCGGGCGGGUGCAGGCCUUGGAGGAUUCCAGGGCGGACGCACGCCUGGCCGUGCUCGAGAGGGACCUGCGGGACACGUCCUCGACGAUGCGGUGCCUGCAGGAGCUCGCGGCCGCCUCCAGGGCGGCGCCCGCCCGCGCCGCGCCCGCCGCGGGCGAGGACAGCAAGCCCUGGCUGGCGGACGUGCGGCGGCUGCUGGCGGGGGCGCCGCCGACGCCGUCGCGGCCAGGGCGCUCGGCGUCCCCCGUUCGCGGCCCCGCCAGCUCGGGGCUCCCGCAGGAGCUCCAGCACUCGCUGAAGGGCCUCGUGACCGCGGUGCAUCACACGCUCAGCAUGGACCAGCCCGACGCGCUGGGGCACUCCGGGCGCUCCUGGCCCUCUGGCUCCGCUACGCACGUCGACAGCCUCCCCGGCCUGCGCGCCGCGCAGGCCGCCCAGCCCGAGCUGCCGCACACGAGACUCGUCUGCUCCCGGCCCGGGGCCGACGGCCUGCUCAGCGGCAGCGUUACACCCUCCGCGCCGAAGGCAGAGCCUGUGGGCUGGCGCGGGGAGCGAGGGCCUGCCGCCUGGUGCUCCGCGCGCGCCGCGCACGGCGCGCCGUCGGCGGGCAGCAGCGCGACCACCACGGCCUGCGGCGACGGAAACAGCGGGGCGCAGUCCAUCCACAGCUUCGCCGCGCCACCCACGGUCUUUGCCAGAGAGCCGGCCACCACGCCGGCGCCAGGCGUGCUGGCGGCGGGCCCCCGCACGGCGUCGCCAGUGCGCAUGGCACCGCCGCCAGCGAGCGCGGGCACGCACAUGGCAGCGGAGCUGGAGUCGCCCAUGAGCCGCAGGCGAGCCAUCCCUGUGGAGUGCGAGCAGUCUGGGAUGCCGAGCGCCCCAGACCGCGCAGCGGUCGAGCGCGCGCGGCAGCUGUCCUCGCCGCAGCCGUCGGCGAGGUCCACCGCGCCGGCGACCCCCCUCGGCGCCGCUCCGCAGGGCGCGGGCGCGCAGCAGGAGAUCCGCCGGCUGCGCGCGGAGACCGUGGGCCUCCGCGAGGGGGCGGCGGGGGCGCGCGUCAGCGUGCUGCGGGACAUGGAGGCGCGGGCGCACCAGGCGCUGCUGCAGCUGCAGUGCGCAGGCCCAGGGGGCACAGAGAUUGUGCCGGUGUCGAGCUUCGGCGCCGCCCUGGUGAGCGGGGCGGCGUGGGCGGGCGGCAGCGCCAGGAGGCAGCCGCAGGAGGUGCCCGUGGUGGUCACGAACGGCGCGUCGCUCGCUGGGGGCGCCCAGGCCGCCCAGCUGGCGGAGCCCGCCGCCAGCGCCAGGCACUCCUCGCCCAUGGCCGCACGCGUGCGGGUGGCGAGCGAGACGCGCGGGCUGCGGGUCGCAUCGACCCCCGUGGCCGGCGGGCAGGCGCGGGCCCGCGAGCCCACGGGCUCGGCCCCGCCGGCGCGCCCCCGCGGCGCCUGCUGCGGCUCGGGCGCCCUUCUCGGCCCGGGGCUGCACGAGCUGCCACGGCCAAGGGCCCCCCACACGCACCUCGGGUCGGACGAGCGGGUCAGCACGAACGAGAUGGGUCGGGCGUGGUUCUCCCACUACGCCGGAGUGGUCGUGCGCGCGCAGCUCGGGCUGCUCCUGAGGUACGGGCUGUCGCUGGAGGCGCACGGUCAGAACACGUGCCUGGAGUUCCAGGAGGACGGCUCACUCGGCCGCCUGAUCUGCCAGGAGCUCGGGGGCGGCGCCUUCUGGGACCCGGAGAGGUUGGCGGCUCUGCCAGCAGUCGACUUCCGGAGGGAGGUCUACGCACGCGACGACAUCCUGGAGCCGUUCGACAAGUGCGUUGCGGUGGUGCGGCACACGAUGUUGCGGCUACACCUGCUCCCGCUCGCGGGGGAGGCGGCCGCCUUCUUCGAGCUGGCGGAGGCCGACCUGAGGCGCGCCGUGGAGAGCACCGUGCGCGGCGCGCCCGGGAGCGCCUGGGCGGCGCAGUGGGCAGAGGACACCCUGCCCGCGGACGCCUACUCGCGCUACGCCGCCGCGGCGGUGGAUGGGCUGUUGCGGCCCAGCGGGGCGCUGAAGGCGCUGCUGCGCAUGCGGCUGAUGCAGACGAAGGGCGAGAUCUACGUGGAGGAGUCCUGCGGCGGGCCCGCGGGCCGG